AUGCGUUCUUUCCAGGUGCUCAUCGUCGCCUUGAUGAGCAUCCUAAGCCUCGCCGUCGACACGGCCAGCGCCACGCUUGGCCUCGGCGACAUCGUGUCGGCCGAUGGCCAUACAAACGACGCCGCUGCGCUUCACGCACGUGCCCAUGUCAUGGCUCGUGCAAAAUCAAACGCGAUGCUGUUUGGCGUGCCAGUCUCGCGAAUGAACAGCAUCACGACUGCGGACACUGUCAACGCGAGCGACCCGAUCACAUCCGGCGCCAAAGUCUUUGCAUCCGACGCUAGUCUCAAUCUCGGCACCAUCAAGAGCAUGGACAAUCUCGCCACCGCAAAGCCACACCCUCAAGACAACGACGCCGCCGUUAACAGUCUCGAUCCCGUUGAGUAUGACGACCCAGGCUACCGCGUCAAAUGCGUUCAGCCUGACGACCCUGCGAAUGACCCCGACGGCGCGACCCACGAAGACUACAAGGAGGCGUUUGAGUGCUGGUUCUAUCAUCGUACCCGCUGCUUCGGCGGCGUGCUCACCUCGCCCGACCCUACAUGUCAGCACGACUGUAGCUGCCAGCGCAACGACUUGGUCAGCUACCACCUCGACAAAAAAGGCAAUCAUGGCGCCGGACUUUCUGGUGUGUGUGUCGUGUUGCCUGUGCCGGAGUACAGUCCCAAAGAUGGUGGCUGUGUUUGA